CAUCAAUGGGUCUCGCCGGGAAAGUAUCGUAGUUCCGUGCCGGAAUGUCGUUAAAUUUAGGGCUAUCAAUGGAGAUGAAGUACCCAGUUCAAUCAAUUCGAUGCGUAUGGUGUUACCCAACUGCAGUUUACGGGAAUCUAAAAGAACCCAUCAUCUUUAGAAUAUCAAAUUCUAUCAGACAAUUGGAGUUGAAAUCUGCUGCUACUAUACAGUCAUUGUACAAUGUGUUUGAGAUACGUAGCAAAGAAGACAAGCCAAGUCUUAUGAAGAUGCAGGCUAUGGAGAAAGAGACUGAAGUUGAUGGGAAGAUUAAGGAAGAGGAAAGGAGAAGGAAGAUUGGGUUAGCAAAUAAAGGAAAGGUACCAUGGAACAAAGGAAAGAAACACACUGAAGACACUCGAAGACGAAUCAAGGAGAGAACUAUUGAAGCUUUGAGAAAUCCCAAGGUUCGGGAUAAGAUGUCUGAGCAUCAACAACCACACAGUGAUGAAACCAAGGAGAAGAUUCGAGCUUCGGUGAAACAAGUUUGGGCCGAAAGGUCAAGAUCUAAGCUAUUAAAGGAGAAGUUCACCUCACUGUGGUCAGAGAACAUUGCAGAAACUGCAAGGAAAGGAGGAGAUGGUGAAGUGGAACUCGGUUGGGACAGCUACGAAAAGUCUAGACAAGAGAUUUCAUCUGAGCAGCUUCACUUGGCUGAAGAGGAAGCUAGAACAAAGGAACAAACCAAGAUGAGAGCAGAAGAAGCCAAGACAGAGAAGAUGAGGAGAGUUGCGGAAAGAAAAAGACAAGGAAAGACUAAAAAACCAAAGCAGAACAAGGAGAAUGCAACCGUUAGCUCACGUUGUAAACUGAAGAAGAAACUCACAAAGAUUCACAAGAAGAAAACAAGCCUUGGUAAAAUCGCUAUUGUAAAGGAUAGGGUGGUUUCAGUUGCAGACAAGCUGGAGAAACUGGACUUGGAACUGGUAAGGAAAGAGAGAACAAAAAGAGAUGUCUCGCUUGCUGAUCAGAUCCAAGCCGCCAAAAGCCUGCGAGGCAACGAUGGCUUAUCAAGAUUUGGUGUUUUUGCAAUGAAAUCAGUGUACUAUGAUUAACUUUUUCAACUCAGUAUUUUAUAGAGUUGCCCCUUUACUUCUUGCUAGUAAUAGAACGUGUGCUACUGCUACUAUAACUAACUA